AUGUACAUCCGUCGAAUCGUGUCUUUUUACUACACCUUCCUUUGCUGCCUGCGAGGAUACGAAGAAUCCGAUGAGGAAUGCGAUGAUCUAACUUCCUUCGAGGGUGAGAUACCCAUUGGGGCAAGGAUAGAAGCUAUGACCGCUGUCACAUAUAUCAACAAGGACAACUCCAUUGCUAUAACCCACACUGUUGUGGAGACUACUCACAUUGACCCACAAGCGGAUUGUGGCUCUGGCCAAGAUACGGAGACCAGGAGUUCCAUCCCUGACGAUGUGUCUGACGCAAGUACUCUGGUCGAAAAUCCCGGAACAGCUUCCUUCCAAUCAGAUGAGAGAAUCAUCAUAGAGGAUACCGACAUCGUCUUCCCUUGUCCAACAUUUGUCGAUAAAUGCACCGGUUUGUGGAUGGUAGAAUUUCACUUUGCCACUUUCAUAUGUCUGUAUCCCAUUUCUAUACCUCUUGACGAUUGUGAGCUCAAUACGCGCGAAUUUAGUGAACCAGACUCAGAUGAAACUGAGAUUGAGGCGCUGUUCUGCUACAAUGACCUCAAGUUCUGCGCGUCCGUUCCGUUUGGUUAUGUAAAAGCCCGCACUGAAUUGGAUGCUGCUGUGGCCGACUGA